AUGGCGAUGGCCAUGAACGAGAGAAUGCCCGAGGCUAUUCAGAACCAUCUAAAUGCGAAGGGUGGUGUGGGCGGGAUGACCAAGCGCCGAGGCCUGAGGCUCCCGGCUCCCUCUGGAUUACCAAUUCGCUAUCCUUUUCUCAUCUACAUACUGCCAGCCAAACUCAAAGUGAUGCACUUCUCCCGCAGCAUGGCCCACGCUAUCACCAAGAUCGUCCUCUCUACUUUUAUCCCAGUCGCCGAUAUCAAGUCAAGUCUUUCAGCCGCGGAUGCUAUUUGCUGA